UUUCCCUAGAAAUUAUCCAGUCUCAGGUAUUUAUUUACAACAGUGCAAGAAUUGACUAAUACAGUGUAUGAGGAAAAUAGGGAGCAAAAAGUUAAAUCCUGUGUGAGUGAUAUUCAGCAACAACAACAACAAUAACAACAACAACAAUAACAAUAGCAGCUACUGUUUGCUGAAUACAGUCUGUGCUAGACACCAGGCUAUGGGCUUUAUAGGCAAUAUCUCAAUGAAUUCUAACAUCAACCUAUGAGGUAAAUACUAUUAUCCUCAUUUUAUAGGUGAGGCUGAGUAAGGGAAGUGGGAGAAUUGAGGUUGGAUGAAGGCCUGACUCUAAAGCCUAUAUUCUUAACUUUCCUAUCUGAGGGGUUUUUGAGCAGCCAGUUGGAGGAAAGAAAGCCCCACCUGUGUUUACCUCCCCUAGGACCUAUUCUGCCUCCUUGUCUAAAGAGAUGUGCCUGCUCCCAGGUGUGUUUAGCCCCGUGUGGGCUCAGCUGGGUCACCUUGUGCUUUGAAACAAGAUAGCACUGAGGGGCUCCUGCAGCAACUGGCUCCCAGGGCAGACAGGGGCAGAGGCCCCACUUCCCUGGCAUUGGGGUGACAGAUGUGGCCCUGGGGCAAGAGAUGACAAAGAUCUUCCAUCAUCACCCCAACAAUUCCAACAUAGUGACAGCCCCAGACUGCUAGAAAAGCCAACCCACAUGGAGGCGAGAUAAAAUCCAGAGGGCUCAGAAACGUUUCAACAAAUGCUAGUAUCAGUCUCCCCAGUACAGCUCUGUCAGCAGGAAGGGAGAAUUCUGCCAGCAUGCAUGGGGCACACUUUUUGGCACAAGGGACCUUGUUGCUAAGCAGCAGUAGUUGGCCUCCCCUCCUCCCCAUAACCUUUUCCUCUGUUUCUGUGUUUCCAGUUAGCAGAUGGGAGGGGCUGGGGUUGCCUAGCCCAGCCCAGCCCUUGUGCUCCUUUCCUGCAACAAGGGGCCUAUUCAUGGGUCCUGAGCAGGGUUCAUUGUCUCUGUGGCGUGUGUCUGUGUGAGUGUUGGAGUAGGGAUACAGGGAGGGGCCAUGUGUGAACCAGGGAGACCUCAUCUUCCAACCAAGCUUGCUGGGCUAGCUUUAAUCAAUGCUGGCCUGAGAACAGGAGCAGAACGCUGCCUAGUAGACCCUGAGGCUUUACAACAGUGUCACUGACCCUUAUGAGCCUGAUGCUGGAUGACCAAGCCCCUGCGGAGGCCCAGUAUGCAGAGGAGGGCCCAGGAUCUGGGAUCUUCAGAGCAGAGCCUGGAGACCAGCAGCAUCCCAGUAGGCCAGACUGGGUCAUAAGGGAAUGACAGGGUGGGGACAGUGGAGGGCAAUCAUCCUACAUUUCCUGGAUCCUCCUUGGGGUCAGCCCCACAUGAUUGAUGUUUCUCAGGUGGUGUGCUGGCGCUCCAUGCGACGAGGCUGUGCAGUGCUGGGAGCCCUGGGGCUGCUGGCCGGUGUGGGUGUCGGCUCCUGGCUCCUAGUGCUGUACCUGUGUCCUGCGGCCUCUCAGCCCAUUUCUGGAACCUUGCAGGAUGAGGAGAUAACUUUGAGCUGCUCCGAGGCUGGUGGUGAGGAAGCUCUGCUCCCUGCACUUCCCAAAACAGUAUCUUUCAGAAUAAACAGCGAAGACUUCUUGCUGGAAGUGCAAGUGAGGGAUCGGCCACGCUGGCUCCUGGUCUGCCAUGAGGGCUGGAGCCCCGCCCUGGGGCUACAGGUCUGCUGGAGCCUUGGGUAUCUCAGACUCACUCACCACAAGGGAGUAAACCUCACUGACAUCAAACUCAACAGCUCCCAGGAGUUUGCUCAGCUCUCUCCUAGACUGGAAGGCUUCCUGGAGGAGGUGUGGCAGCCCAGGAACAACUGCACUUCUGGUCAAGUUGUUUCCCUCAGAUGCUCUGAGUGUGGAGCGAGGCCCCUGGCUUCCCGGAUAGUCGGCGGGCAGGCUGUGGCUCCUGGGCGGUGGCCGUGGCAGGCCAGUGUGGCCCUGGGCUUCCGGCACACAUGUGGGGGCUCUGUGCUGGCGCCACACUGGGUGGUGACUGCUGCACACUGUAUGCACAGUUUCAGGCUGUCCCGCCUGUCCAGCUGGCGGGUGCAUGCGGGGCUGGUCAGCCACAGUGCCGUCAGGCCCCACCAGGGGGCUGUGGUGGAGAGGAUUAUCCCACACCCCCUCUACAGCGCCCAGAAUCAUGACUACGACGUCACCCUCCUGCGGCUCCGGACCCCUCUCAACUUCUCAGACACCGUGGGUGCUGUGUGCCUGCCGGCCAAGGAGCAGCAUUUUCCGAAGGGCUCGCAGUGCUGGGUGUCUGGCUGGGGCCACACCGACUCCAGCCAUACUUACAGCUCGGACAUGCUCCAGGACACGGUGGUGCCCCUGCUCAGCACUCAGCUCUGCAACAGCUCCUGCGUGUACAGCGGAGCCCUCACCCCCCGCAUGCUUUGUGCUGGCUACCUGGACGGAAGAGCUGAUGCAUGCCAGGGAGAUAGCGGGGGCCCCCUGGUGUGCCCAGAUGGGGACACUUGGCGCCUGGUGGGGGUGGUCAGCUGGGGGCUUGGCUGCGCAGAGCCCAAUCACCCAGGUGUCUACACCAAGGUAGCUGAGUUUCUGGACUGGAUCCAUGACACUGUUCAGGACUCCCUCCUCUGAGUCCGGCUGUUUCCUCCAGUCUCACUGCACACCGCCACCUCAUGCUUCCUGGGGCCUCUAGCAGCUCCACUAACAGAGGAGAGGCAGCAGCCUCCAAUGCGGAACACAUGGACCUCCUACUACUGUGCAUGAGGAACAGUCACCACCCACCGGCCAGCCACCCAGCCGCCAGGUCUCUCCUCUUGGGCCCUGAUUUCAGAGUUCUCUUUCUCACUAGAGACUCAAUGACAGAAGAGAGGCUGGGGCUGGGUUGGGAGUACUGUGGUUGCUGAGGGAUGAGGGGGAGGAGGAGAGAGGUAGGAGCUGGAGAUGAAGAGGCUGCUGGAAGCAGCAGGAAGCCUACCCUUUUUCUGCCCUCUCCCCUCCCUGCCCUUGUGUGAGUCUUCUGGGAGGGUGCUGGGAGGUGCCCCCAGUCCUGCCUUUUCCCUGUGCUCUCAGGUGGGCUAAGUGCCUCCCUAGAGGACUCCAUGGCUGAGAGGCUCCUGGGCAGAUGGGGUCAAGGCUGGGCCAGCCCAGAUGAAGCCUACAGGAGUCAGGACCCUCUCCACUCUCCCUCUCCACUCCCCUUCCUGUUCUCACCUGGCUCUGGCUGGCCCUGUAUGGGGUGGGUGCACUGGAAAACAAGAAGGUUGGAGUUGGUCUAGGACAUUGGUUUUAAAUGACAGUUCUGUGAACUGGUCCAAGGAGUUCUGUUAUUAAAGUGAUAUAUGGUCUUGGUCCA